CGCCUCUCUCGGCAGGCAAGCAGGCAAGCAUUGAUCUGUCUCUAACUAAGCGCUUGUCUGCGUGUCUGUCUGUCUGUCUCGCUUCUUGUCUUGUCUCUCCUUUCUCUGCUUGGCUGUUGGUUCAACGUGCCGUGCACCGCACCCUCUGAUCUGGAAUAGAUGGACAUACAGCCGCACGGACACACAGACUGGCUGGUGCGCUGGGGAGGGGGGAGUCACUGCAUGGAGACUGGCUGCCGGAGACAUACACGUUGUGAAACUGGUGAUGAAACAACUAUUUUCACUGAUGUCAACCAUUUCGGCGCGCAAGCGGAAGUGUGAGCUAAGAAGCGUUCAAAAAGGAAGAUCGUUCCAAUGAGACCAUUUCUUCGAGUGAGUACAGGGGUAGCCAGGUGCGCGAAUGAUGUAUCCAAGGUGUACCGCGGGCGUCCCAAAACGGUGCUCCGAGGCCUCGUGAGCGGUCAUUAUCCGCCAUCUCAGGGGAUUUGCAACACGUUCAUCGAGUACUUUGGGAGGCAGCUGAAGCCUCGGCAGGUUGUGCUGGUGCUCAGAGAAUGCCAUGCGGUGGGGUUGUGUACUUGUGAGGCGACACUGAGAGAUCUGCUUCGACGAUGCGUGGCGGACCUCAGUGGCGAUGAGCUUGCGAUGGCGGCCAAUGCACUGAGCCGCGCCCGGGACACAGACCGGUACAUGAGUCUCGAUCCGUACGACGACGACAUUGACGAGCCAGCCGCCGUACAGCCGUCCAACCUCCCUGUGAGUGGCCUUCUCUCUGGGGUGGCAGCUGACAUCAUGGCAGCACUGCCUGGCAUGUCGCCGUCGUCUGUUGCUCUCGUUGCUAAUGCAUUUGCAAGGCUGCAGCUGCGGUCGCCCGAUGUGUUCCGCGCUAUCGCUGACCGGUGUACACAGGUGGGGAAGGGCAAGGGUGGGGAAGACCACGGCUUAGGACUAUCCGACUUCAGCCUUGCGUCAGUGGCGAUGAUUGCUCAUGGCUUCGCCAAACUGCGCAUCUACCACCACCGAUUCUACAGGGCCUUGCUCAAGACGGUACUGGCCCGGAAGGGCGACGUGUGGAACCUCGGAGAGCUAGCACAAUGGUACGCACCACGCACGCAGGGAGGCAUGUAUAUGGGCGGUGAAGCAGCAGUGCACGGUGUGGCUGAGCGUCUUCACACUCGUACUUGGUCAUGACACUACAUGCAUCUGUUGUGCAUUUAACUGUCGCCUAUUGCCCAUCCAGCGUAUUCGCGUUUGCCCGGUGAGACCAGCGCAGCCGCGUAGCAGCCAUGGUACACCCGCUGGAUGUGUAUGUCAGGUCUGUCCCCUUCUUGAAGUACUUGGAAGCGCCUGAGAAGGUCGCUUUCCACCCAGGGCUGGAUGCUGUAUUGACGGGUGUUUGGCGGGGCCUAGCUUGCUACGGAAGCAGCCAACUCUUCGCCGACGAUCCCAAGAGGCUGGGUGAGGGCGCUUCUCUUGUCAUCCAGGCCAUCAGCGUCAUCCAACAACGUGAUUAUGUACGUACGUACCGACGUUAUUAUGAAAGUACCGGUGCCAUGCACUCACUGCAGAUCGACACACAUGCAGCUAGCCAGCCCUGGUGUAUGGUAUGCAGGACUGGGUAGUCUGGAUCCUUCUUUGGUGGCUCACCGGCCCGUCAUAUGUUUGCCAUUUGUCGAGGAAUACCAUCGUUACGAUUAUCGUAGCACUUGGGAAACUGGACUUCACCCCGACACUUUGGAGCGCGGCAGCGAAGUCAGCAGACCUCACACCCAGAAGAGGGGCACACUUUGGGGCGACUGGAGUCGACUCCCUGCUCGACAGGUACAAAGAUAGUCAUCUGAAUGUACCAAGGAAAACAAAAAAGAGUAUCUGGCGCCAACAUUGUUGUCCUUCAAUUCCUGCGCUAUGUGUAGGGUCGCAGUCUUGUGGAGACGCAAUGGCAAGAGCGUUUUUUCGCUGUCCCAGCUGACUCUACUAUGGUAUUCCUCACUCUGUCUUCUACACACGCAUCCUCACACUACGAAAGGAACCACUCGUUUCGGCGUGGUGAUGAGUGUGGCCUUCUUUGAUGACACCAAAGAAUACCUAGACAAAGGUAGCGACAAGGAGAAACAACUUAUACCCUAUCGCGCUCUUACUGGCCUUAGCAGGGCGGACGAUGACGCGGGAUGAAGCGUCUGUCACGGACCGCCAGACCUAUCGCAACCCCCUGACUAACACCAGCCUCACACUCCCUACGGCAGACGACCUCAGUCACCCCGUGCAUAACGCCAUGUAUGCCACCCAGGUACCUCAGCUCAUCCAUAAUAAGAGACACCCCUUCAGUAAGUAAACGACCAAAACACACGUUCGCUUGUGUGUUUGUUUGUCUGCCCCGGUUUCCUCGCGUUUCAGGCAGAAAUCGGGGUGCAAGCAUGGUUUCUCCUCCCCUUGCCAAACGAGGGGCCUGGCAUGCCUUUGAGCAAGCUCUGCCCGAUCGGCUGUCUUGCAACAGCUAUGAAAGUAAGGCAAUCACCUCCUGUCUACCCCAUCUUUGCGGGCCUCAUGUCUCAACCGGUGCAUUCAGGUGCAUCACUGGUUGACCGACAGUGCCGGCAAGCCGGCGGGUCAUGUGAGUGCUCCAGAAGCUGUCGUGAAGGAGAGCGUCUUUAGCCCUACAAGCUCAUCCUUUCAAGCCGACGUCGCGAGUAUCGUGUCUGAGCUGCUAGCGAGACAGAUCCGGCCGACACGUGCAAAACGUGUAUCGCUGGAGGAGAGGGUCGGGGCUUUCUAUGUUGAUGUGGUGGUACUGUCUUCAUAGCAAGCUACAGUGGUAACAUCGCACCGUGGUCUCUAGUAAAACAACUCGCAUGUGUGGCUCACAUCAAC